AGAAUCAAACCUGCGGAUGAAUAGCAAUCUCUUUGAAAACGGCGAAGUCAUUUUGUGGAUUAAAUAGGUUCAGUGUAGUUUUUAGAAACUUAAAACGAUGACAGCAAGAUACGAUAGAGCUAUAACAGUAUUUUCCCCUGAUGGACAUUUGCUUCAAGUGGAAUAUGCACAAGAAGCCGUCAGAAAAGGUUCUUCAGCGGUUGGAGUUCGCGGUAACGAUGUAGUCGUUUUAGGAGUUGAAAAAAAAUCUAUUGCAAAGUUACAAGAAGAAAGAACAGUUCGUAAAAUAUGUCUAUUAGAUGAACAUGUUGUAAUGGCAUUUGCAGGUUUAACUGCAGAUGCAAGAGUAUUAAUUAAUCGUGCACAGGUAGAAUGUCAAAGUCAUCGAUUAACUGUAGAAGAUCCUGUUACGUUGGAAUAUAUAACUAGAUACAUUGCAAGUUUAAAACAAAAGUACACUCAAAGCAAUGGUAGAAGACCUUUCGGAAUAUCGUGUCUUUUAGCUGGAUUCGAUUAUGAUGGUGUCCCACACUUGUAUCAAACAGAGCCUUCAGGCAUUUAUUAUGAAUGGAAGGCAAAUGCAACAGGUAGAAGUGCCAAAACUGUUCAUGAAUUUUUACAAAAAUAUUACACACCGGAAGAAGUAGCAACAGAGAAAGGCACCAUAAAACUAGCUAUUAGAGCAUUGUUGGAAGUAGUACAAUCAGGGAAAAAAAAUUUAGAAAUUGCAGUGAUGCGACGUGGCCAACCACUACAGAUGUUAGAUUCAGACACGAUUGGAGAUUAUGUCACUGAAAUUGAAAAAGAAAAAGAAGCAGAAGCUGAAAAGAAGAAACAGAAAAAGUGAUGUCUUUAUAUAGAAUUGCACUUUUAUUACUCAUUCAUUGAUGAUGUUUUGCAUAAAAUAAAUAUACAACAUAUGGGUAAAAAAAAGAAAAGAAAUUAUCAUAUUCCGUUUAUUUGUACUUCACUGCUGUGUUUAGAAAGUAUAUGUACAUUUACACAUAUUUUUAAAUACAUGAUUUAAAGCUAUUAAA